CCAGUGGCGGAUGCUGUUUUGUGUCUCCAGCUGGUCCCAACCAGAUGUAUGCUGCUGCGAAUUUUAGGACCUCCCUUCCUUGACCACGCGCAUAAUCAGAACUGCGAAAUCGCUCUGAGUCGCUCGUUUCGUCCGCAAUCGCUUGAAGCACGUCAGGUUCUGCGAAGUGGCCAUGCGAUUUUCCUCCAUUGCGGAAUGUCGGUUCCUGCUCACAUGAAGGCCAUGGCUUAUGAGCUCGGGCUCAGCGCAACUCGCGCUGUUCAACAGCCAGCAAUCUGCGACUUUCGUACACGUACAGCACAAUCUUGCACUGUAGUACGUAAGUUGCUGCCUACAGAAGUACACGUACAGCGCAAUCUCGUACUGUAUCUCGUCCUCUCAUGGCCAUACAGCAUACAAGUCGGUGCAUAUUGCAACGAUUAGACCCAUACUCUCCGAUAUACUACCCACCCCGCCGAGACAUCCCAUCCGUGCUCGUCUCCCUUCCGCCUUAGGAGUCUCCUUCCUCUACCUCAGAUACCCCGAUGUCGUUCUCAGCCACGGGUCCCGCUAGGCGGUUCAGCAUUCAGGAACAAUCGUGAAGGAUUUAGUGACAACCGCGUGCCAGAACUACCAGGCCGUGCUCCUUCUGGUCCGUAGAACUCGCGAAGCGAGUCGCUUUCCGGCUCUCGCCCUCUCCAGCUAAGCCCCAGAAUGCUCAUCCUGAGUGGCUUUUCUGGCUCCAAGACCCGGAAGACGGGCCGCGUCAUCCCUACAAUCUCCCACUCGCCCUCCGAGCCAAGCGUGGGUGAUUCCUCCAAGGCCGAGAAGCACUCUAACGAGCGGAAGGAUCAGAGGGGAUGCGGCUCGCGGGAAGCGGGAUGCGAUUCGCAGGAAGCAUUGGCAGCGCCGCGUCGUGACUCGGGACAACCGGAAACGGCGGCUUCUGGAGGCUCUGACGCAGGAGCUUCCCUUAGUAACGACGAGGUUUCGCCACCGACGGGUUUCGCGCAUCGCAUCUCGUUCUCGCUGGACGAUGCGACCCUGAGCGACGUCGCACAGCGAGCGUGCGAAUCAUCCGACGAGCUGUCGUCGCACCAUUCGCCGGCCUCCACGCCUCGCCGCUCGUCCUUCUCCUUCGACCCUCCCCCGCUGGCGCCUGGCGCAGGGGAAGCGCCUGGCGCAGGGGGAGCGACUGGCGCAGGGGGAGCGCCAGAAACCGGGGGAUUCGCGGCUGAAACUGGGAGCAACGAACCGGCGGGCGAGAUUCGCGAAGAAAAUUCAGCGACCCGCGAGAUCGGCGAAGCGGAAGAGGAUUCAGCGACAGGGCAGCAGCAGCAGCAGCAGCAGCAAGAGGAGAGGUGCCGGUGCCAGAAAUGGAUGGCGUUGCAGCAGUCGAUCGCCGCAGAAGGCGCAGCUGAAGCAGCUGUCGAAGCAGCAGGAGCGGCAGAAGCGGCAGGAGCAGCAGGAGCAGCAGAAGAAGAAACCGAAGAAGCUGACGCUGACUGUCAGCUUCGUCGUCGUGACGAGGCCGUCGAGUCGCUGCCUUUAAUGUCGGUUUCAGGAGCUGAAACGAAGCCGCUGGCGCCGGCAGCGGCGAGAGACGCGGGCACAAACGCGGAGACGGAGGUAGAGGCUCCGCCACUCGCGCCGUCAGUUACACCGUCUGUUGCGCCGUCAGUUGCGGCAGCAACAGAGACGCUGUUUUCCCGGCGGAUCAAGGACCAGUCCUUUUUAACGCCGCGGGUAAAAGUAGGCACCGCGGGGACGCGCAACUUUCCCCCGGGCUGGGGAAGCGCAGGAGCCUUCCGCAACUUCCCCCUGCCGCAGAGCUUACCCCUGAGUGGUAGCUUCCCCUCCCCGGAGGCGGCGGUAGAACCGACUAAAGCCGCGUUUCCGCCAAAGCCAUUGCCUACCUGUGGUAGUACCGACCUGUACGCAGCCCAUCGCGUCAGUGAGCCGUCCCGCGUUACAGUCACGUCCAUGGUAACGGAAAUCGCCUACGAGCCGUUCCCUGACGGCCUAUUCGCCCCGCUUUCCCCUUUAUCCGCCGUUUCCGCCGUUUCCGCCGCGUCCGCGCAGUCUUCUCCGAGCGGCAACUCCGCGCUGUUCUUGGAUUCCCCCGGCGCGUCUUCGCCCGCCUUCUCCUCCGACUUCUCCGCGGGCCUCCUUUCCCCCGGAACGUCGCCCGCCUCUUCCCCCGCGCACUCCCUCGCGCGACACAGGCGACAGUCGUCCGCGUCGCAGGGGACAACGCCUCCACCAAUUACGUCGCUGCAAGGCGCAGGCGACGUGCCACGGUCGCCCGCACCGUUCCGCCGGCGGUCGCGCUCGUUCGCGUCGCUCAACUCGUUUCAGCUGCAGCGGAGGAUCCACACGUCCGCAUCCCCGCCGCCCAAUGGAGCACCGGAGGGAAACCCUUUCCAGCUGCAGGGGAGGAUCCAAGCAACCGCAUCCGCAUCACCGCCCAAUGGAACUCUCCACUCGUUCGCAGAGGAGGAGGACCGGCGGUCGCACUCGUUCGCGUUGCUCAACUCGCCCCCGUCUUUUCAGCUGCAGCGGAGGAUCCAUGCAUCCGCGUCCCCGCCCAUGUCCCCAUCUUUUCCGCCGGCUUUCCCGCACGGGGAAGGGACCGGCAGGGCGCAGGAACAGGCGCGCGGCGUAGCAGGCGCAGGGCUCGGCGCACGAGGCGGGGCUCCUGCUGCUCCAGCAGCCAUACCAGCAUCUAUAUCAACAGCACGGGUGGCGUCUACUCUAGCAGAAGCCAGGGAGGCUCGUCUGUCCACGUCAGCAGCUGCAGGGGCAGGCGCACCAGGAGGAGGGACAAGGAUUUUUGCGACAGUCGCGUCCAAUUCGCGUCAGUCGCACGCUGUCGCCGCUGCUGGUGUGCCGCUGUACUCCCCGUGGGGAACUACAGUAAACCCGUCUACAGUACACGGAGAUACAAUCAAUUUGUAUGCUGAUAAGCGUGGAGGUACAGUAGUUCAUUCCGUGGGUGGGGGGGGGUUGAGGGGUGGCGCUGCUACGAUGCGCAUGCGUGUGCACAAAGGGAUGAUGGCAUGAGAAGGCCCGAGAACGUCUGAGGACAAAUGCGAUUCACUGGGCUGGUUUAUGGUUAGCCGUCGGCUUAUCAUAGUAGUAACCAGAGCGUGUAUAGUGGUGGUUACCAGCAGUGGCAGGGUGGGAUAACAGAGUCGCGGAAACCCUAACAACAGGGAUAGCAGCAGCAGGCGCAGAAUAAGCAGCAUCUACAGUGACGUCAGCAGUGACAUCAUCAGCUGAUAUGCUGGCCAACGCCUACAGCCCGCUUUGGCGUCCAGGCUAGGGGCACAACGCAACCCAUGGGAGCCAUUGCUGCCUGCAACGGUACAUGAGAGACACAACUGAAGGCUUGAUAAGAGUGUGACAGUCAAGGGAGCGCAGGCUCACCAGAAGAAUCAUGGUGACCAGCAGAAGUAUGGCAAGUGCUGGUACACCAGCAGCAGCACCAGCAACAGUGGGUGCUGGGACAGAAGAAACUGCAGAAUAAUUGAGCAGAUUGCCUAUGGGGAAGUGACUAUAUAUUUUGUGAAUGGGUAGUGAGGUCGAAAAGACGGAUUGAGCGAUUCUUGAGAAAUUGCAGUUCCUAGCUGGUGUUUUGUGUAGUAGGAAUCACAUAUAUCAUAGCUUUUGGUUAUGUGUUUUAUUGUGUAAUGUUGAGUGGAUUUAGAGCAGAGCACAGGCUUGGCCGCAAG